CAAGUCAGUGCAACGCUGACCGUUGUGGGAGGGUGAGUGUACUGGGGACUCUUUUGCAUCUGCAAGAGAACGCAACAAUAUCCUAUAUCACCUCUCACUCCCAUAACGUAGUGCAAUGGUUCUAAGACGCGAUACUUCGUGUUGCAAGGAUGUGGAAAUCCAGUACGAUAUCACAUGUUGCCGUUUAGAAACCAUAGUCGUGUUUGUGCAUAACACAUAUUUAUUUUGAUAAAACAAAUCAAAACAUAAAAUAAUCGAAUAUGUUGAAGCUGCUGAUGUGUUUCCACAUUAUGUGUGACGACCGCUAGGCAGAAAACUUUCUCGUGUGUAAAUAGUGAAACCAAACAAUAAGUGAGCCAGCGAAACAUAACGGAUUCAACAUUUUGCACUUGUUGGAGACUUCCGUGUGACACAUAACCAUCAGAUCAAUUAUGGAAAACAAACCGUGAUAAUUGCAAUAUGUUUUAAUAGAAAAAUGCCAGAUAUGGACAAAAACAUGUGAACGUUAGAAAUUUAGAGCUGUGUAACAUGCUAUCUACCUCAUCACUAUCCACCACAUCACUUUCAAAAAUGGUGACGAAGGUGACUUUAGCGACUGUAGUGGUGAUAAUGCUGGCCGCACCAGCACACACCUUCUUUUUGGACAACCUACUUGAGGACGUCGAAGAGGCAAUCUAUACCACAAUCGUCAAGCCUGCUGGAGGAGUCUUACUUGGGGGCGGCACCGGAGUAGUGUACAACGCUCUCAGCUUCCAUUUUCUCCACCCAUACAUAGAGAGAAUAGGGUCGAGUGUGAUCUCUCAAGCCGUCUAUGCCAUCAGCGGGGUCGUACAAGCCAUUGGAACUAUUAUAGUGGAAAUCGUUACAGCGUUCAUCUUUAUAAUAAUAGAAAUCAUCACGGCGGUUAUAGAGGUGAAGAUACAAGUAGUAUAUUACGCCUUUAGGCUUCUAACGUCGUUUAUCAUUCCGGGAGUUGGCAGAGAUUUUAAGGAGGGCGACGAGGUGGUUGAUAACGGCAGGCACACACGCUCCGCUAAUGAGUCAGUAACAGUGUCGAGACACCAUGAAUUAGAACUCAAUAAUCUGAAGCAGGAGUUCGAAAGUGCAACUCAACACGACUCUAAACAAUGUCUUCCUCUUGUGUUCUGCGACAUCUAUGCCAACACUGAUGACCACGUCUUCAUUCACGAAGCAAUAUUUAGGAAAGCCUUCAGAUCCUACUUUGCCAAGAAAUCAAUUCCGGAUUGGGCAAAACAAUAUGUUCGUGCAGCUGACAUAGGAGUCAUUACAAAAUCUUCGGCUUCCUGUAGAGAAUCAUAUCCAUUAUGUCGCUUCUCUGCAUACUACCUGAGGAAACUCAUUGCUAAAGCAAUGAAUGCAAUAGGCUAGACUAAUUUAUUGCAGGCUUAUUAAUGAUUCAUUGUGAUAUAUUAAAUAAGAAAUACCCAGUAAUCACAAUAAUAGUAUUAAAUAAACAUGAAUAUUUUUUAAUUAUGUGAUUAAUUUCAAAUACUGUAGAUAUCAAUAAAAAUCUUUAUUGAUGUAUAUUUAAACUAUUUUUUCUAUUAAAACAAUAUUUGAUUUGAUCACCUUUAGUUUGUCAGUUUAAUCCUCAACUGGCUUUUAUUAUUGUUUAUUUCUAUGCUGUAUAAAGCUAUAACAAUUGGAUAUGAUUUUUUGUUAACUCUUAAAAGAAUUUAGUGUCAAUUGUAUGUUCAUUGAUUAUUAAAGUACUUGUUAUUUUGUUCUCAGAUUUAAAGAUUAAUUUAUAUGCUUGUUUACCACUCAAAAUGCUGUACAGUAUAGCAUUAUAAAAUUCAAUUAUAACUGUCAAGUCUAAAUUAAACACUAUAUCCCAUUGUAAUGUACCGUAGAUAUAAGUCAGUGACAAGGUCAAAAGUGUACUGUACUGUGCUUUCAUUAAAGCUGCAGAAAAAUAAUAGCUCAUUUCAAAUAUGAAUUAAGCCAAAAAUACACAAGAAACUUCUCCUUGGCAUCUUUGAAUUAUAUAAUACAAUUGUCAUGAACACUUUCCAAAAUACAUUAGUAUCUUCCAUGUCGCAAGUUUUCCUUUGACAGAAGAGAUUUUAAAGUACUCAGGCAAUGAGUUUCAGGAAAUUUUGUGAGGUUUACUCACUAUGUACUGUUCAGCCAAAUGAAUUUUGGUUGUUUCUGAACCCAUUUAUGCCUUUAACCUAUUCCACUUACUAUCCACAGGAUGGGUAUGGGGUUCAUAAUAUAGGAACUAUUACCAAAUAUAUAUAUGGAUAAUUAUUUUGAGGGGAGAGGGGGGGUGAGGGUACUUGCUCAAUUUCAGUUUCUGUCAUAUCAAUAUGAGGAGAUAUUUUCCUGAUAUUGAACAGAAACUUGUCAUAAGUACCAUGACAAAGCCACAAUAUAUCCUAUGGAUGUUAAACAGUAAUGGCAAUACUAACACAUCAUAAUGAUUAAUACAUUGAUUGAAAUAUUAGAGUAAGUUUAAACUACAGGAUUUAAAUAUCCUGGAUAUAAAUAAUAUUGUAAAAUUAAUCAUGGUAACAAUGAUAAAUUAUUAAUUGUGCAAAAACUACUUUAUUAAAUUUGCAAGCAAUUCCAAAGUAAUUAUCAAUUUAGCCCUUUUAUUUUUUUUUUUAAGAAAUCCUGCUCCUUUAACAACAUGGCUUUAAUCGGAAAACAAGUUGCCCAUUCAUUACAAUAAUUUUAUAUUUACUUUCCCUCCCACAUAACAUAACUUGCCUUCAGUACAUGACACUUGUAAAGUCAUGUAUCAUUGUUAUACACUAAAACUACUGAUGAUAGGAAAUUGUUUGAGUAUUUAUAAAGUAGUGAGAGUAUGUGACAAAGCAUUGCAAGUUCUAAUUAAAUUCAAACAAUAAUAAACUAUAUCAAGAGCUCAGUCUAAUGUUUUGAAAUGAGCUGCCACUAAGCAGGAGUCCUCAUCUUUGAUUAUGAACAAAAGGGUUCCAAAAUCAUAAUUGUUUUUAAAUUUAUAUUAUAGAUUGGUUACCCUUAGCCUUUGUCUCAAAAAUUGUCAUAUACUGUAUAUAUAUAUAUAUAUAUAUAUGCAAAAUAAAACGCCAAUGACCUUAAAAUUUGUAUAUUAAGCAGUACAAAUUUUUAUAAAAAAAUUUAUUUACAAUUGUUGUAAAAAGGGUGAUAUACAAAAAUAUUUGUAUUACAUCUUGCACACCUAAAUAAUUUUUUUCUGGAAAAUGCAAGACAUGAUUUAAAGUUAAUUGCUGUUGAAGUUGGUUAUAAUAUAUUUCACUCUUGCAAUAUAUGAGAUGCAAAUUACUCAUGAGUGCCUUUUUUAAUUUACAUUCUAUGUAUCAUUAAAUAUAGCAGACACUCAAGACAUAUUUGUUUACACUCAAGACAUUAAUUUAAAAUAUGACUUACAAGUGACGAGAGAAUUAAUAACAAAUAAUACUAAGCGAGUCAAAGUUUGAUGAGCAAUGGCAGCAGCAUUACUCUAUCUCAUUCUUCUUUAAAAACUAGGUGACAAAGGUGUCUUGUUCAGAAAUGGUAGCAAAUUUGAAGCGACUCCUGGCACUCUUUCACAGCCUCCUUCUGUGCACCAGUAACCAUAUGGACAACAUGUUUCCAUGUCACCACAGCAUGUUGCCUAUGGGAAAAAUAGACCACAAUGAACAUAUUAAGCUUUUAUACAAUUAAUUCAGUCAGAUGUGUCACAAUAAAAGACAGGACAGAAGACAUUCCACUUAAAAAUUCAUAGCAGUAAUUGAAAAUCUGUUAAAGGCAAUGUCUUGAUUGUCCAGAUUAAUGAAUUCCAAAGUGUUCUGUCGCAAAGAUUUCCUUUAGUGCCAUAAUUUAAGUGUCUUUUUAGCACAAGAUUUGUUAUUUAGUACAUUUAGACAUCAAAUAUGGAAGAAAGCAAUUUAAAAACUCUUAAAUUUUAAUAUUUAUUGUUUAUAUAUAUAUUUAUAUUUAAUGAAUAUAAUGAUAUUCCUGAUGAUUCGAAUCCAUAAUUUAUCCAAACACAAGCUCAAUUAUUUCUUUCACAUUAAAAGUGAUUUUAGUUGCCCAUCAAAUUUUGGUUUGUAAGGGAAGAAGCAACUAAUGUCCAGGUGCCAAAAAUACUUUUAAUUACUGUUUGUCUGGUCAUCAAAAUUGUAAUUUGGGUCACAAAAACCAUUCAAUAAGUUUGCCUUGACCUUCCAUUAGAUCAGUAAUUCCCAAAGUGGGCAAUACAAUCCUCUAGGGGUAAGCUCGGAGUUCCGUGGGGGCACAAAGACACCACGGGACAGCAGAAGCAUUCUCUAGCUUUAAUUAUAGACACAUGUUAAAAAGUUCACAGUUGCAUUUUCAUUAUAUUUGGUGGAGCAAGGUUAUACUGUGGUUGUUCAACAUCUGAUGAAGCAAAGAAAUCAAAUUCAGAUUGCUGAAUAUGGAGAUUUUAAACUUCUGUUCAGUAACGUUAGAUUCGACAUUGGAAACUGAACAUAUUAUCAAGGUUGUUCACCAUAUUAACAGGGCUGACAAGAAAGGGAUUUGUUUGCAAUACCCCUCUAUUUAUGCACUUGUGUACUGUAUAAAUUAAUGACUUUCAUACUUUGUAAAACUGGUGAAUCAGAUUUUGAAUAAAUGUGUAAAUAUAUUAAUGCUAAUGUUAUAAA